AUGGGGACGGAGCGGCGCGGCGGGUCCGGCCCGGAGCCCCCCGGGGGCGGCGGCGGCGGCGGCGGCGGGGGGCGGCUGUUCACCCUGGCCGAGGUGGCGAAGCGCCACACCGAGCAGGAGACGUGGCUGGUCCUCCACGGGCGCGUCUACGACGUCACCCGCUUCCUCCGAGAGCAUCCGGGAGGAGAGGAGGUUUUGCUUGAGCAAGCUGGUAGAGAUGCCACGGAAUCCUUUGAAGACGUUGGUCACUCGGUGGAUGCCCGGGAGAUGCUCGAUCAGUACCUCAUUGGAGAGGUUCAUCCGUGUGACCGCAAACCUGAGAUCUCCAAGGAUCCAGGCAAACCAGAAUCAAACGAGGCCAGCACGUGGACCGUCUGGCUGAUCCCCAUUUUGGGAGCCUUGGUCCUGGGUCUCAUGUACCGCUAUUACGUGGAUGGGAGGUCCUCCUGA